AUGCUAUUAACUCGAUUCAUUACAUCAAUAUCUCAUUUCAAUUCCAAAUCCAAUUUUCUUCUCCUUUCCUCCGCUACUAUGUCUUCCACCACCACCGCCGACGCCGACGCCAAACACGGUUUCUCCCGUCCCGAGAUGUACACAGAAACUCUCGCCGGAACCGUCCAACCCUACGAUCGCCACGUGUUUCUUUGCUACAAGAAUCACCGAGUUUGGCCUCCGCGUGUUGAAGCCUCCAAUGAUGAUCCACUCGUUAAACGCGUUGCUACUGCGUUUAAAGCGAGGAAAAACGACAUCGUCGUUAAGACGAAUAUCACAGUUUGUGAGGCUCGUGAGGAGGAUGGCUUCUCCGACGGUGAUCUCUUGAUUUUCCCUGAAAUGGUCAAAUACAGGGGUUUGAAGGAAUCAAAUGUUGAUAGUUUUUUCGACGAUGUUAUGGUGGGUUGUAAAUCAUGGGGUGAUGGAGUGCAGAAUGCUGUGGCAGGUUCAUACAUUUUUGUGUGUGCUCAUGGAAGCCGUGACGUGAGGUGUGGUGUUUGUGGGCCUGUCCUUAUUGACAAGCUCAAUGAAGAAAUUCAGCUCCGUGGAUUGAAAGAUCAGAUAUCUGUUAUGGCGUGUUCUCAUAUUGGUGGCCACAAGUAUGCUGGCAAUUUAAUCACAUUUAGUCCUGGACCAGAUGGAAAAAUUAUGGGUCACUGGUAUGGCUAUGUUACUCCUAAUGAUGUGCCUGCCUUGCUAGAUCAACACAUCGCCAAGGGAGAGGUCAUACAAAAAUUAUGGAGAGGCCAAAUGGGACCACCUCUUGAUAAACUUAAGGGAGCAAAUGACCAGAAGCUUGCUAAUGGAGAUGAUACUCACAAGAUCAAGAAGAAUGUAGAACUAGAAAGUAACAAUCUGAGCAACAAUGAAAAUGUGGCUGGUUGCUGCCAGGGUGUUAAUGGGGUUUCUUGUUGCAGAAGUGCAAGUUUUGAGCAAAAUAAAGUGGUUGAUGAAACCGUGGAAGAAAAUAAAAAACAGGGUUGGUCUGUAUUACAGCAGCGUAAUAUUCUUACAGCUACUAGUAUACUUGGAGCUUUAGCAGCUGUUGCCAUUGGUUACAGAUUUUAUAGAAGGUCGGGCUGA